UUUAUUGUCACUAUCUAUGUGACUUUCUACCAAAAUAAAAAUUAGCAGAAGUGUUGGGCCUAAAUGUGGAAAAGACUACAUGGAUACGAUUUAUUUUGGAUCUGUCUUGUAUAUUUGUUUCUGAAGCAGAAAAUGCAUCUCAUUGAUGCUGUUGGUACCUCGAUAGGAAAGGAAUUCUUGAUCUCGACACCUUCUACCAUGUCUCCUCCAGACCUGACGGGGUCGUAUCCUCGCCUUGUCCUCAUCAUGGAAUCAACAUUUAGAUCGACGGUGACUGUUAAAACCGAGUGGUUAGACUCCGUCUUGUUUGUCAAUGAUACACUUCAGCUAAUGCCUCUAGUUCCACGAUAUUUCUACAAGAAACAAGUGUACUUUGGCUCAGACCUAGCAUCAGGCUACAGAUGGACAUAUCACCUUGAAGGCACUCACCCUUUCGCCGUAUUGGUCAGCAUGGAGAACGGCGCCCGUACCGCCGAGACCUUAACCCCUUUGCCCCUCAACGCCUGGGACACUGUUUACUACGCCACAACACUCGACAAGCAUGUGUCUGUGAUAUUGACCGCCAAUGGAGAUACGACUGUGUUCGUCACUCUGAGGUCGCAUAGAAUGAGUCUUAAGAUCACAGUCGAAGGAGUCUCUUAUCAAAAUAAUCAGGUCUUCCAGAUUCAUCUGCAAACGUAUCAGUCGUUUGCAUUUGGUACGUGUGGAGAGGAUCAGUCACAUGGAGAGAUUACAGGGUCACGCUUCAUUGGAACAGAGCCUUUUGUCAUGGUCACUGGAAAUUGUUGGGGAGAGACGCAGGGCGAUAACUGCCCGAAAAUAAAUGAAACUAAAUAUCCGAUAGCAGAAAUGCUGCUGCCGACCAAAACCUGGGGGAGAUAUUUCCUGAUGUUUAAGGCCAUAGGCCGUUCAGCUCCUGGAUUCCAUGUCGUUCUGGCCAGCACGGAUGAGACGCCUUGCGCCAUCUUCAAAUCUGGCGCCUCACGUGACUUUUUCAUGCUCUGGAAAGAAGGUGAUUGGUACGUUAGUACAUCCGAGUUUAAGUGGCUAGAGUGCUACUAUCCUGUCCAGUUGGUUUACUUUCAAAACUCAACGUGCGGCUUGGGUGGCAGAGGAAUGGACAUUGGAGGACCGAGUAUGAUGGUCAUUGUUUCAGUCCAGCUCUUCUACAACAUCUACAUAUGCAUGGUUCCGGAUGUACUGAUGCAACACUAUAUGACCAUCGUCUCGUCAAAGUUAAAAGGAAACGAUAUUAGAAACAUAAGUAUUGUGCACACAUAUAACGAAUCUCCAAUAAUACAUGAUGGGAGGGACUUUCAUCAGUCUGAUGACAACUCGUUCCCCACGAAGCUUUGGGGCCUUCUGGAGAUGUACCCCUUCCACCUGAGACCUAAUGUGACCUUCCUUCUGUAUUCCAACACGGCCAGGUUUUGGUGUUUCCUCCAUGGGGUUAGUCAGGUCGCUUCUUACAUGCACGCCGCUGGCUUCGUGUCCUCUAACAUCAAUGCCAAGAUGUGUGAGAUGGAUCACGCAUACAGUAUGAAGGCUGAGGACUUAAAGGACAACGAUUGUGACAGUUUUGUGGAUGAGGAAUUGCUGAAUGGAAAAGAUGAUGAUGCAGAUAAUCAGAUUGAUGAAGACCUGGGACCAAUAAACUAUUCGCGAAAUAUUAUCAAUGAGUAUAUGCCAGAAAAGCCGAUGAACAUUGUAGACUGCGCUUUUACCGAGCCAAUCUAUUUCACGUCUCCAAAACCAUUUCAAAUGACGACUUCUUCCACUUCCGUUGUAAAGACAGUAAAUCCAAACACUACUGCCAGAAAUGUAAACUCCACCAUAGAUGACAUUGUUUACUUCGCAUGGACCAACUGGCACUGCCCUAGAGGUUGUAAUGACCAGAAUGAAAUCAGAGAGAGAUUUUGCAGAAACAAUGAGAGUGCCGUCAACUGUAAGCAGCAGGUAGAAACUAGAAACUCAACUUGCACCAGUAGCGCUGACUGUCCUACAUCAUACGCAGACUGUGAGGACUACAGUUGGGGUGUAGAUUGUCGGAACAAUUGCAAAAACUGUGCUCUCCCUUGCGACAAACGUACCGGAGUGUGCUUAAUGUGCCGCCGUGGCUUCCAUAAGCCCCAGGAAUCAUGCUCAGAAGCCUGCUCCAAGUAUAGUUACGGACAAGACUGCACUGGGAAAUGUCUGGAAAAGUGUCAAGAUGACUGCACUGAAAGAGUUUUCGGCACUUGUCCAACUUCCCCCGACGGCGCCCAUUUCUUCUUUUUCCUGUUUAUGUUGCUUGUACCAAGUGCGGCGAUGGCACUUUUCAUUUUUAACAGCCAAAAGAGAGGCAGCGAUUCCAGCACGCAAGCAUUUCCUUUUUCCGAGAAUCAGUUCUUCAAGAGUCUGCCAAGCAAGUCCUACACUUCUCAGACCACAGCGAAAUCACAAGCAUCGAUAGCCACCGCUAAAAGUCAAAAGGAUACCACAAUUCCAAAACCAGCCCAACCACCUAUUAAAGCCAAAGAAGCAUCGUCCAGGACAUUGUCUGCUAUAUCCAAGUUUGUCAAAGCAACCCCUUCCUUAAAGUCGAACUUCAUCGCUCGAAAAACUGCCCGACCCACUCGCCACGCUGAUGAAAAAGUCAUCACAAAGUUUGUUAAGACAAGCCUGACCUCGAGUGUAGACUUGCCCAGAGGCAGUAAGGUAGCAAGCACCAAGAGCCUUAAUCCAUCAAACUCGAAACAAUCUACUAGAAAGCACACCAAAUCGAUUUCUUCCAUCAUUCGACCUACCAAAUCGAAGAUUUCCAUUCGCCGUUUGACAAAAUCUAUUGGUCCUGACGCGAAAGCGAAAAAAUCAGCCAUUUCCAUUGGCCCAUCCAGCAAAUCGAUGACAAAUGUCCACAAAUCCGCCAAGUCACUCAACUCGUUCGCGUCAUCCACCUCGAAACUGGCGCAGUCAGACACAGGGACGAUGGGGCCAGGAGAAAGUACAGUAGACAGAGACCCAACAGAUGUCUCCCCAAGACCUGUCAAGAAUAUAAAAGAAAGAAUGUUGACAUACUUUCAGUUCUAAGGAUUCUUUUUUUUUUUUACAUUAUUGUUUUUUAUUUAUAUACCGCAUUGCUAAUUAUGGAUAUAUGGACUAGACGUUAAAGUGAAAACUGUAAGAGACCUGACAGAAAAAAUCGGCUUUGUCCGCGAGAUUUGGGCAAAAAAUAUAUAAGUAACAGUUUGGUAUGCAUGCGUUUUCUACAUUCUGAAUGACGAUGUUUUAUUUCCAGAUUUGUUGGUUCUGAAACAGAAUAUUAAAUUAAAUGUGAAGGCUUAUUCGAAAAACUAUGUAAUACAUUUGACACCCUUUAAGAGAUUGUUUCUUACAUAAUUAUAGCUGACGUUUCGCUAAU